UCAGCAGCGAAUCUGGUGAUGCCACACAACAUUAUAUGAAGAUUCAACUUGAUGGAACAUCUUUUGCUUCUCCUCCUCAUUCAAUGGAUCGAAUUGGCCUUUCCUAUUUUGAGGUUGAUUUUUCCAAAACAUCAAACUCCAGUGAUAAUGUUGAGAAAGGAAGUAAAUCUGGUUCUGGAAGCAGCUUUGUUGUUCCUGUUGUGUACGAGGUUUCAUUGCAGCAGCAGAGCAAGUUAAUACGAGUAUACUCAACUGUUAUAAUUUUGAACUCCACAUCCAUGCCACUGGAACUUCGCUUUGAUAUUCCGUUUGGCAUCUCCCCAAAGGUUAUUGAAUUCUAAUAUGCCAG